AUGGGCGGAAAGACAGCUUCAGUGAAGCUUUCUCCCUUGUGGGAAAGGGCUUUAGAGACUUAUCAUGAAGAUCUUGCUGGGGAUGAGGACUUUCGAAAAAUACUCGAGACGGGUAGCCUUGAAGAGCUUCUUGCGGACGACCAGGUUCUACAGCCGCUUGGGUCACAAGGCAGACAAGCACUGGAUACCAUGACGCGACUUAGACCAACAUUCAAAUUGCUCAAUGAUUUCUCGGUGGUACUAGCAAUGUCCUUAGGUGCAGGCACGGCAGUGACAGCACUGGUGUGGGGAAGUAUACGCAUGAUUUUAACCUUAGCAUCCACGGCAGACAAUGUUCUACAGGAGGUGUCGGAUAUGCUAGAAGAAUUGACCUUAACACUCCCGCGACUCAAGUUCUAUGAGAAGACCGUAUCGAUGGACACCGAGAUGGAGACAUCAUUAUUGACUGUCUACCAAGAGGUGAUUUGUUUUUAUGCCCGGGCGAUACAUUUUUUCCGCACCAACAAACAUUCAUUUUUAUUACGCAGCUCGUGGUCCGACCUCCGCGGUGACUUUCAGCGAACCAUUAAGCGAAUAAAGCGUCUGUCUAACAAUAUCGAGAGCGAGGUUGAGUUGACUCGAAUGCGAAUUGACAAUCAGAAAUAUCACGAGGUACUUGAUUUGAUGGCAAACUUCCAACCCCAACGCCUAGAGCCUACUCAUAAGGUUUCCCACUACCUUCCAUUUGCCGAGUGCUCCCGCUUCUGGGGUCGGGAUGAUUUCCUUAACCGUAUCGAUGAAGUUUUAUUCGCACCCUCUUCAGCCUCCUCCCUUCGAUCAUUCGCUUUAUAUGGUAUGGGAGGUGCUGGAAAGACUCAGAUCGCCCUCAGAUACGCUAAUUCAUCUCGUGAGAAAUUCGAUGCUAUCUUCUGGGUCUCAGCCGAUAAUUUGGUGACAAUUGGGCAAAGCUUUCGGGAGAUUGCAAGAACCCUUAAAUUGAUCCAAGUGGAUACAGAAACCGAUGAUCAUACGGUUAUGCUCAAGGUGAAGCAAUGGUUAUCAUCCACGAAUACCCGUUGGCUUCUUAUAUACGACAAUGCAGAUGACCUCACCGUCAUCAAACAUGCCUGGCCAACAGGAUCUGUUGGAUCUGUGCUAAUAACUAGCCGAGACUCGACCGCGGCCUUUAGUAUCGCCUCCUCGGGAUGCCAAGUCACCCCCUUUGACACAGAAAACGGAUCUGCAGCAUUGCUCAGUAUCAUUGGAUUGGAUCCCGAGUCUCCUUCUCACCUAACAGAAGCAAAGGCAAUCACGUCCACACUCGGGGGUCUUCCCCUAGCCCUAAACCAGAUCGGCGGAUUCAUUAUGCAAAGGAAGAUUCCACUCAAGAACUUUCUCGCCCUAUAUAACCGUAAUUCAGCUAGCGUUGAUGCAAAAGGUCUGAAGAGUAUGGACUACAGUCACACGCUAGCGACCGUAUGGGAGAUGUCGCUCAGCCAGCUUUCGGGUAACGCAAAUAUUCUUCACAUGAUUUUGUCGUUCCUAGACCCAGACUACAUACAUGAAGCACUCCUAGUGGACGGCGCCGUUGAAACAAAUGACUCAGAUUUGGAGUUUGUUACGGAUGAGAUAGAUUUCUUAGAUGCCCAAGAGGUGCUUAUUCAGGGGGCCCUGAUUGACAAGUCUAUUGAAAGUGGAAUUAUCUCCAUGCACCGACUUGUUCAGCGUGCCGUCAUUCGUCGAAUGAGUGUACAAGAGCGCGAGAGAAUAUUUUCGCUAGCAGUAACUAUUCUUGCCGCAAAUUUCCCAGACACUUACAGCGCCGAUGUUGGUCAUCAGGCUGCCUCCUGGGCCCUCUGUGAGAGAAGCCUACCACACAUAGAGAGCGUUGUGAGCAAAGGUGCGCAGUUUAAGUUAUUUGAAAAGGGAAAUCAAGCCUUUGCAGAGCUUCUACUUCGCUGCUCCUGGUAUCUUUACGAGAGAGAAAACUACACUCUUGCCCGAUCAUACGUGGAUGUCGCUGUGAAAAAGUUUGUAAUCAAUGACUCUCUCGCGUAUGCGAGUGCGGUUGAUCUUCGCGGCUUGAUCGAGCUUGAUAUGUGUCACCCAGCCGUUGCACUAGAAGCCUUCGAGCAAGCCUACGCACUUCGUACCGCGAUUCUUUCAAGUAAUGACCCAUUCUUGGCCGCCAACCAGGUCAACCUGGGUCUUGCAUUUACCGAAAUGGGGCAGCUUGAUAAAGCCUAUGAAUACCUCCAACAGUCAAUUGAUAUCCGACUCUUGCACAAGAGUGAUAGGAUUGGUAAUUCAUACAGCAACAUGGCCAGUCUGUUGCUGAAGAUGGGGAAACCUGAUGAUGCUGAAGCCAUGCUCAAGAGCUGUCCAUCCCUGAAAGACUUCUCAGAUGAGACAUUCCUGAAGACUGGGAACCCUAGAUUCUCUGGCGAUAUGGUACUGCUAAGCAGGAUCAGGGUUGCCCAAGGGCUGAGCGAUGAGGCACUAAGAUUCGCCUCUAAGGCCCUAAGUUUUCGAAAGGAAUGCUUAAGCCAACGGCUCAAGGUUUGUGACUCUCUUUAUCAGGUAUCAGUACUUCUUCACGAAGGAGGAAACCUAGGACUAGCACACCAACUACUCGAAGAAUGCAUCAAGAUAUCCGAAGCACUCCCACAAGCUGAGGGCGUAGGACAUCUCGCACGGGCAAACUACAAGAUGUCACAGGUCCUACAUGACCUCGGGAAACAUAAAGAGAGUACGAUGCAUCUUGAGAAGGCGGUGAAUAUAAGAGACGAGCUCAGGAAAUUGGACGGGGAUUACGUACUUGUGAAUGGUGCUGAUGCUGAUUUUGAUGAUCUGGUUCCGUGGAUGCUGUGGUGA